ACAUUGCACUCCACUCUUCAAUCAUCAAUCAUCGAUCCAUUCUUUCAUUCAUUCAUUCACUAUCCACCACUUACUUCCUUCACUUCCACCCUCACCUCAAUCUUUUCCUGGGCAAAGAGAUCUUCAAACGCUCAAACGCUCAAACGCUCAUACCACGCUCGUACGAACAUCUCUCUCGACUUUUGUUCAUCACUUCUUUCGCAACUCCUACCUCUCUUCAUCCCAUCAAACCCUCCAUUUCUACUUAUAAAACAGACAUCCGAGCUCAGAAUCCUCCAGAAUAAGAUCAUUGGAAUCGAAGCUGGACUUUGCCACAAUUCAAUAUCUUACACGUUGGAUAAUUCGAGAGAGAGAGAAAGGAACCAGAGUUGUACACACACACACACUCACUCAACAUUCGUUCUUGAUUGCAAUUUUGUCAUUCUUUUUAAUAUCACGAUUUUAUCUCUACAAUCACAUUUGUACCGCAAUUUUUCCUUGACUGAAGAAAGGAAAGCAACUCAAUUCCGACCGCCAACUUCCGACCAAUUCCUAACGACCCAUACCAAUUUCGAGGUACCUGUCGAAGGACGAUCAAACCCGCGCGCUUCAGAGUAACACAAUCAGGAAGACAUCUCACCAAAAGGAAACAACAAUUUCUCUUUCAAUUGUAUCAGUCAAGUCAAGCAAUGUCAAUUUAAUCUUCAAUUGAGAAGAUUUUGAUACCGUCAAUUGGCCUGGUUCAAUUUAAAUCGCAUGAAUAGUGAAUAUUCUUGUCGCAUUCGCAUUCAUUUCCACUUUCUCGUGAAUUUGUCACAGAUCAACAAAAUAUGAUUCAACAAUAGAAACGGCCACUCUUUACCUUUUCUAUUGUGCUUCCUUGCUCAGCUUUAAGCCACGGUCGACCCGAAAACGUAUAUCCACAAUCCUACUGUCGUUGACGUUUGUACCCGUUACCCGUUCAUUCGACCAUUACCAUCCAAGACUAAUCGUUGUCUUACCUUUUUCAUAUCCGUCCUCGAUUGAUAUCAUUCAUACGACCAAGUACAUGAAUACUUACUCGACAUAUCAAUUGUACAUCACCCUCACUUAACCUGCACAAGUCGAUACUUCGCAGGCGGAGAACGACAAGUGCAUCAAAUACAACUCUACAUUCAUUAUAUCGAAGAGACUCACUCAUUGCGAAAUAUCCAACAAAACCUUCAAGGUUACAAUUCCUUCUUUUCUAGCCAGGUGCUUCGACAUUAUAUCCAUUGUCAUCGUGGCAGAGCCAAACGAAUUUAAUUAAAAGAUAUACCCUCUACUAUUUCAAAUAUGGGGAUUUUUUCAAGACGUGUGAACAAAGACGACCUACGUCCUGAGCAGAAAUGGGACUUUAUUAGUCUUAACGAUUUUAAAUCCACAUCCUGUCUCACUCCUUUCGCAUAUGCAUAUCUUUGGAUUUCUUUGGUCAUCUCUACCGCCGUUUAUGGUGUAGAUACUUUUACCGCCGUUAACCUUUUAGCUUUCAAUCGAUGGUCUGGGGAAAUUCAACCAAUCAUUCCUCUCAAAGUUUCGAAAUGGAUCUUUUCUGGAUGUAUCAUUGCUUCUUGGAUUAAUAUUGGAUUCGAACAUUUACGAGCGUGGAGAGUUAUGCGACGAGGAGCUGUUGCCGAAAGUUAUUUGGACAAUCUUGCUGUUCGACUUGAAAGUAUUAAAAUGGGACAGACUGGUCGAGGUUGGAGAAGAUUCUUGGUCUUUGCCGAAUUGACAAAAUCUAAAAAGGGAACCGAAUAUGUUGCGCUAUUUACAUAUUUCGCUUUUCAAUCUUGGAUUCGUGUUGUAUUCUGUCAGGGACCUCGUCAAGUCAUCAACGCAUUAACUCUAUACUCAGUGUUUCAUGCAAAACUCGAUCCUACUGAAUCCAAUGAUGUUGGAGACGCCCUCUUAACCUUUUUCAAGAAGGUUGGAAUCCUUGCAGAACAAGAACAUCAACAAGCAGUUAUCUUGUCUGGUAUGAUCUUCACACUUGUCAUUUGGAUCUUUUCCGCAUUAAGUCUUAUUCUCGCAAUCUUGUUCUAUUUACUGUUCUUAUGGCAUUAUAUUCCAAAUCACGAUGGUGGACUUACAGGCUAUUGCGAGCGAAAGAUUAACGAACGUUUGACAAAGAUUGUCAGUGCCAAGGUCAACAAGGCUAUUGAGGAGGAGGAAAGAAAACGAACCAAAGCAGAACAAAAGGCAGUAAAGAAAGGAGAGAAAGUUUCUGGACGUCAAGCUACUAUUCCAGCACUUUUCGAUUCGAAAGAAGACGAUAAACUCCCGGAUAUGCCUGUUCUCAAUAGAGCAGAUACAAUGACAACCUUACCACAGUAUACAUCACGACCAGGUACACCAAGUAGUAAUCUUCCACAAACAGCCAGUUUCGAACUUGAGAAAUUGGAUCAAAAACGACCAUUACCUGGAAGAUCUGUUACAGGGUCAAGUUAUGCUUCAAAUGCUCCUCUUAUGGGUAAUGCAGGUGAUAUGGGAAGAGUACCGGACUUACCACCACUUGAUACGGAUAUGCCAUUCCCUGCUCCACAAAGAACCAAUACUGGAGGAUCUCAAGGUAGCCAAUGGCAACGUGGUCCACCACAAGGUCCUCCUCAAGGUCCACCAAGAAUGCCAUCUGCAAUGGGUGAUCGUGGAUUUACAGCAAGUCCAUUUUCUUAUGCUGAUGGACGAAAUACACCUGGAUUUCCAGGACCACAAAGACAAAAUACAAUGGAUUCUUAUGGAAGACCAAUUCCUCGAUCGCAUACACCUAUGGGUCCUGGCCCAGCUCCAUCAAUUGGAAGACGUACACCAUUCGAUCCUGCUAUGCAAAAUCCUCAAAAUCGUAUGAUGUCUCCAGCAUCAGAAUAUGGAUCAGAAUAUGGAAGACAAACACCAUUCAAUCCAGCACUUCAAAAUCAAGGUCGACCUUCACCAGCUCCAGGGUCAGAAUUUGGAGGACCAAGACCACCAUUCAAUUUCUAUAAUGAUCAAGGAAGAUCAUCUCCAGCUCCUGGGUCUGAGUACGGUGGUCCAAGACCACCAUUCAACUACAAUCAACAAGGACGUUCAUCACCAGCACCUGGACCUGAUUUCAGUCGUAGAACACCAUUCGACCCAGCUCUCCAAAACAAUGGACGUGCUUCUCCAGCUCCUUCAAAUAUGGGUCAAGGGUAUGGGCAAAAUACACGAAGUCCGCCAUCAGCAAAUCCAGCUGGGUAUAAACCAUUCAAUCCCCAUUCCAUCAACCCAACAUUAGCAUCACCAGUCGAACAAGAAGAACAACACCAACAUGGUUUCGAUUUCGGUACGGGCACAUCGAGUCCACCUCGAGUUAGGAAUUUAACGGAGCCUAUUCCAAGGGCUGCGACUACGGGACCAGAACAAAUGAGAUCUCAUGGAAAUCGAAAUGAAGAUUAUGGAGAUGAGGAAAUGGGAUCUAUUUCUCCUCCUAGAAGAGCGGCUACGGAAGUUGGUGAAUUUAAUCCAGAUCCAAGAACGAAUCAAAAUCAAGUUCAUCAAAGACAUGGCUCGGAAUCUGGAUCGGAAUCGGGAUCUGCACCAUGGGGAGGUUAUAGAUGAGAGGUGUUUUGAAUUUAAGGGAUUUGAAGAAUUGAGAAAGGGCGUUCAAUCUGGAUUGGAAUGUAUAUUUAAAGCGAAAUGCUGAUAGGGGGUGUUUAACUUUUGACAGGGAUGAAUUACAUAUUUGGUGGUGUUUUGAGGUGGUUCUUUGGUGUUUAUAGGAAGGAGGGUUAUAUUUAUUCACUUACGUUCUUUAUGAAGAUAUUUGAAAGGAGGAGAUGAGGAAGGGAAUAUGAGGAAAAAUAGAUUUAUAUACCACUUGUGUGUAUGGUAGGAAAUCUACCGCUCGUGGGGUGGUAUCAUAUCUGUGAGAGAUGAAUUGGGGAUGUUUAUACGAAUUGGUGGAUUGAUGAUAGUAAUGAAGAAUUACUGAAUUGGAAGCGGCGGAACGAUUGAUGGUUUCGAAAUGAGGUGAGGUGGAUACUAGAUAGAUAGAUAGAUACCUAUGAGAUACCUAAUUUGAAAGAUAAAAUAA